AUGGGUUGUACUGCCAGUCGAGCUACCAAACUGGACAGCCAAACCGAAGCGAACAGUACUGAUAACAACAACACCAACAACACCAACAACAACAAUACUGCUACUACCUCCACCAGUAUUUCUCCUACAGUGGCGCUGGGUGCUGGUUGUUAUUGGGGUACCGAGAAAUUCAUCAUCCAGAAUUUUCAAAAAAAGUUUCCCAAUUCGAUCCAACUUGCCAACGUGGGAUUCAUGAGCCUCAAUCCCAACAAUCCUCUAAAGAAACCAAGUUACAAGCAAGUCUGUGCAGGAAAUUCGGGACACGUCGAAGUCUUGACGGUCACCCUUCGCAAUGUCACGCCACAGUUAUUGGAAGAAUUGAUUCGAUUCUUUUUCACCUUUCACGAUCCCACCACUCUGAAUCGACAGGGCAAUGAUUGGGGCAGUCAAUACGCCAGUGUCAUUUUCUGUUCCGAUGAGAAUCAAGUAGAAAUUGCAACAAGGGUCAAAAAGGAACUGCAAACGUUGAUACAAGAAAAGGAAAUCAAGUGCUUUUCUCAAAAGGAAGUGACUACCAUGAUUGUACCAUAUACCAAAUUUGUCAAGGCUCAUUCCGAGCACCAACGGUACCUCGCCAAGCAUCCGUUUGGGUAUUGCAAUCACCGCAUUCGAUUCAAGAAUUGGCCCAAAGUACAAUAA